UAUUCCUCCAUGUAAUGACCAUCCAUCCUGUGCGCAGUACAUCCUAUCGCUGCCACUCAAACCAACUCCGUCCCCCUGCCCUCCGUCCCGAAGUCUUCGGCGUCCGACUCCCACCCGCAAACGACUGCCUCACCUCCGUCGACUUCGACCUCGUCCCGAACAAGCCCCCGCCCGGCGUCAAGCUAUAUGAUGAGGAGGUCGAGGAGGUCGAGGAGUCCGAAGAAGAGGACGAAGACAUGGAGCCCGCUGCCAUCCCCGCGACGUCGCGCGCGGUCCCCCCACCAUCCGCUCAGGCGCAACCGCACAGCAGGCGGGCCCCAAUAGGUGCGCUACACACGCCGUCGGACGUGGAUAUGAUGACGCCUGGCGGGCCCGCCCGGAGGAGGGAAGCGAGGCAGACGAGGAGGAUGGGUUGUUUGGCGGAGCUGGCGAAGAAGAGGAGAGCGGGGACGAGCCUAUGGAAGAGGUCCCUACCGCAACGCCGGCAGAGUCUGCGACCAAUGGGGUGAAGCGCAAACUGGUGGAAGAGGAGGACUAUGAUGAGUGCGUUGCUGUCCGUCGAG